CACCAGCUCCAUGGCAUCAGCGUGGUCCUGCUGGCUCCUCCUGCUGCUCCCGCCUGCCCUGACCCACGCUGGGGGGCCCGGUCCUGUCCUCGUCAACCGCCCCUUUGUCACCAUCUGGAACAUUCCCACUGAGAGCUGCGCCCAGGAGUACAAUGUCACCCUCAGCCUGGAGGUCUUUGAUGUGUUGGCCAAUGACCACGAGUCCUUCACCGGGCAGGACAUCACCCUCUUCUACAGCGACAAGUUUGGUCUCUUCCCCUACUACACAUCUGAGGGGGUGCCAGUGAAUGGGGGGCUCCCCCAGAAUGCCAGCCUGGAGGCUCACAUCCACCAGGCCACCCAGGACAUCAAGGUGACCCUGCCCAGCCCUGACUACGCUGGGCUGGCUGUCAUUGACUGGGAGAAGUGGCGCCCACUGUGGAUCCGCAACUGGGGCUCCAUGGAGAUCUACCAGCAGAAGUCAGAGGAGCUGGUGCAGCAGCAGCACCCGCAGUGGCCUCCCAAGGAGGUGGAGGAGAUGGCCAAGCAGCAGUUUGAGAAGAGCGCCUGCGAUUUCAUGAACAGGACCCUGUGGCUGGGCGAGAGCCUCCGUCCCAGCGCCUACUGGGGCUACUACGGUUUCCCUGACUGCUACAACAAUCACUUUGAUUUGCCCUACAACGGGACGUGCCCAGAUGUGGAGCAGCAGAGGAACAAGAACCUGUCCUGGCUCUGGAGGAGCAGCCGGGCGCUCUACCCCAGCAUCUACCUGCCCCUGUGCCUCAAUGGCACCAGCAAGGUUCUCCCCUACGUGCGGCACCGCGUGGCCGAGGCCUUCGCUGUCCAGCAGGGAGUCCUGGACAGAGCCAUCCCCGUCCUGCCCUACUCCCAGAUCGCCUUCGAGCACACUCUGCACUUCCUUUCCGAGGAGGACCUGGUGAACACCAUUGGGGAGAGCGCGGCUCAGGGUGCUGCUGGCAUCAUCUUCUGGGGCAGCCUGGACUACAGCACCUCCAAGGAGAUGUGCCUGAGGCUGAAGGACUACGUGGAGGGUCCCCUGGGCCACUACAUUGUCAAUGUGACAGCCAGUGCUGCCCUGUGCAGCCAGAGCCUGUGCUCCGGGCAGGGCCGCUGCGUGCGCCGGGACAAGCAGCAGGGCUACCUGCACCUGGACCCCUCCCGCUUCUCCAUCGACCUGCACGCUGCCAAGCCCUGGCUGGUGACACAGAGCCUGGAGCCUGGGGAGGACAUCUCCAAACUGGCCAAGGAGUUCAGCUGCCAGUGCUAUGACAAGUGGCAGGGACCCCGCUGUGACACCCAGGGCUUGGACAAGUGACCCCCCACACAGU